AUGGAGUGUUUUGAUGUGUUUAAGAAGGUGGAGGACUUGUGCACUCACAAGCGGUAUAAGAGUACAUUGAAGAAUGAUGACAAGGUUUGUUUGAAUGAGAGAAUUAGUGCCGUACGUCAAAAGAGGUUACCGCUCAAGCUCAAAGAUCCGGGUUCGUUUACUAUUCCUUGCAAGAUUGGUGAGAGACCAUUUGAGAAGGCACUCAUGGAUUUGGGUGCUAGCAUAAAUUUGAUGCCCUAUGGUGUCUACAAAGAUCUUGAGUUGAGCGACAUCAAACCUAUACAAGUUUCUCUCCAACUAGCCGAUAGAAGUGUGAGGUAUCCAAGAGGAGUUAUGGAAAAUGUGUUAGUGCAAGUUGACGAGUUGGUCAAACCGGCUGAUUUCGUUAUUCUUGACAUGGAGGAUGUUUACCAAGAUGAUCUCCCUAUUAUCUUUGAUAGAGCUUUUAUGGCCACAGCGGGGACAAAGAUUGAUGUGAAAUUGGGUUUGCUCACCAUGUCCGUGUAUGAAACCACAAUUGAGUUCAAGAUCUUUGAUGAAUUAAAGAAGCCUAUGAGGUUGCAAAAAGUUUACUCUAUUGAAGUGGAGGACAAGAUUGAUGACUUGGUGGAGCACACUUUUCAUGAGACCUUGAUGCAUUUGAGUUGGCACUAG